CGAUCCGAGCAUUGCGUUCGCAUUGAUGGGCAGGGCGACGAGCCAAUUACAUGUUUCCCUAACUCCAGCAGUCCUUUUGCUGCAACACGUUUUAUCUUUCUUUUUAUCUUUCCUCCCUUCCAUCCUGUCUGCAAAGACGGAAGACGGUUCCUCGCCCUUCACCCACCUUUCGCCUAUUACAGCUUUGAUGAGGAACCUGCCCUGCUGCCUGAUCCAUGCCUGUCUCAGAAAAUGGCUCUAUUAAAGCUGCUUCCACCGGAUCCAGAAGAUGAGGGCAGCCAGCGGUGCAGGCUUGGUCCUGCUGCAUUCGCCUUGCUAGGUGCUAAGCUGGGCUCUUUGAUCAAGAUCAGCUUGCCCAGUGGCUCUUGCCUGUGCACGGCCUGGCCAAGGCACGAUUCAGCUGACGGCUACCUGCAGCUCGACCUCAAAUGCAGGACUUGGGGAUUAAGAGAAAGCCAGCUGCGAAGGAAGACCGUGAGCAUGGACCAGCUGAGGGUAGUGGCCUGCCCCAAGCUAAGACAUGUGACGGUCCGAGUCGUCUUUAAAAACCAGGCCUCAAAAACAGCUCUUCCCGAAACGACGCUUCCGGAAGUGGUGCGAGAGCUUUUGAGAAAGGCCUGCGUGGCCCGCCAUCACAUCGUGACUUUCCCCCCAAUUCUGGGCAACCCUGUGGAGUUCCUCGAAAUAUUGUCCAUGGGACAGUUCGACCCGGAAGACGCUGGCUUGAUCACCCCCCAAACCAACGUCCACAUUAAGGAGACAAUCACAUUGGAGAGAUACAGUCGCCUGAUGGGGGACGGUUCCAAAAUCCGGGUGGCCGGCUUGGAUGAAGUCAGCCAGGCUUUGAAAGAAAUGAUUGAACUGCCCCUGCGUUUCCCGAACAGCUUCAAAACAUUAGGCCUCUCGGUCCCAAAGGGAGUCCUUUUGGUGGGCCCGCCAGGAGUUGGCAAGACGCUACUGGUCAAGGCGGUGACUGGAGAAGUCGGGGCCUGUCUGGUGAGGCUCAGUGGCCCUGUGGUGUGUGGUUCGCGGCCUGGCGAAAGCGAGGAGAACUUGCGACGGGUCUUCGAGCAAGCGAGAGAACUCUCCAGCGAAGGGCCCACCGUCCUCUUCAUUGACGAGAUCGAUUCGUUGUGUCCCAAGCGGGCAGCUUCCGGUCAUGUCCCUGAGCAUCGCCUGGUGGCUCAGUUGCUAACUCUUAUGGAUGGAUUUAGCCAAGGACAUGGGCUGGUCAUUGUAGGGGCAACAAACAGGCCAGAUUCCCUGGACCCUGCGUUGAGGAGACCAGGCAGAUUUGAUCAGGAGAUUGUCCUUGGGAGCCCCACCCUGAAGCAAAGGAAGUCUAUUCUGCGGCUGAUUACCGCUGGCAUGCCUGUGUCGGACGACGUUGAUUUGCUAGAACUGGCAGAAAUAACGCCGGGUUUUGUUGGGGCUGACCUCACCUCGCUCUGCAGAGAAGCCGCUAUGCAAGCCCUGUUUCGUAAUUGCACAGAUUCAGUUUGUCCUGUUGAGAUGUCAGACUUCCUCGAGGCCCUGAAGAAGAUCCAGCCGUCAUCUUCCCGAAGCGGAAUUGGGUUAACAGACUUCAAACCCGUCUCAUGGGAUCAGAUUGGUGGCCUUGAAGACGUGAAAUUAAAAUUAAAACAGAGCAUCGAAUGGCCAAUAAAAUUCCCAGAAGCCUUUGUCCGGAUGGGGCUGGCCCGCCCAAAAGGCAUCCUUCUCUAUGGACCAUCCGGUUGUGCCAAAACGAUGCUCGUGAAAGCUGCCGCUUCCUGUUCUCAUUGUUCCUUUCUGGCUGUGAACGGUGCUGAUCUCUUCUCAUCUUUGGUCGGAGAGUCAGAGAAGAUUUUGUCUCAGGUAUUUCGUCAAGCAAGAGCAAAUACUCCAGCAAUAGUUUUCCUGGAUGAAAUUGAUGCGAUCCUGGGAUCCCGAUCAGGAACGAAAACCGGGUGUGGCGUCCAGGAGAGAGUUCUUUCCGUCCUUCUCAAUGAGUUGGAUGGCAUCGGAGUCAAGUUAACCGAGCGGAGAGGAAAUAAAGCAGAGAUGGAAAAUGAGAGUCAAGAACCAGCUGAAAGUGAUAAAAAGUUAGAACUUCAGGAAGUUUUUAAUAAAGAUGUCAUAGUCGUCGCUGCAACAAAUAGACCAGACCGGUUGGAUGAUGCUUUGCUACGUCCGGGACGCUUAGAUAAGAUCAUCUAUGUCCCACCACCAGAUGAGCAGGGAAGGCUUUCGGUUCUGAAAAUCUGCACAGAAAGAAUUCCGAUCGAUUCUGAGGUCUCCUUAGCAGAUAUAGCAAGUCAAACUAAUAUGUUCUCUGGAGCUGAUCUUGAGAAUCUCUGUAAAGAAGCUGCUUUGCUAGCAUUGCAAGAAAACAAAAUGGAAGCCACAGCUGUGAAAUAUAAACAUUUUGAAAAAUCCUUGGAAACUGUAAAGCCAUCACUAACUCACAAAGAAUUGCAAUUUUAUGAAAAAUUGUUUAGAAUUCAAUAAUACAAUCUGCAAAGCAACUACAUGCCAACAUAUACGAAUAUUUUCACCUUCAACAAUAAAUUGAAAGAUCUGUUUAAAAAAAAGGAUGGAAUAAUGAAAGGAGAGUAAUCUAAUUGGCAGAAUGGAUUUAUUUUUUUAUUUUUUUUUAAUUGAAAAAGUUUUUACAAAAAUUUUCGGGGGCCCUCCCUUUUUUUCCCUCCCCCCCACUCCAUCCCCUCCCCCCUCCCUCCAAAACCACCCUCCCCCCCCCCGACUUCCCAGAACAAACACAAGGUAUAGUUCAAAAGAAAAAACAAAUCAUUUGCUAAAUUUUCCCUAACUUAAAUUAUAAUCUUCCCCUUCUUCUCAAAUCCUAACUUCCCCCAUACAAAUCAAAGAUAAAUACAUCCUAAUCAUUCAAAAGCAAUCUGAUAUCUCUUAAUCUGGUAUCUAUUUUGCGUAUAUUCAAUCCAUUUUUUCCAUUCAGUUAGGUAUUUUUCUUGUGUAGUGUCUUUCAAAAAGGCUGAGAUUUUAGCCAUCUCAGCCAAAUUAGCAACUUUCAAUAUCCAUUCUUCUAUUGUAGGUAACUCUUUUUUCUUCCAGUAUUGGCAGAAUGGAUUUAUUGAACGUAUUUUAUCCGGCUUUUCAGAAUUGUUCAGUGUAUACACCACUGCAGCUCAAACAAAAUAAACUAUAUUCUUGUUUAGUGUGAUGGAGAAGUCCCGUCAUAGAACGAGUGCAGAGAAGAGCAACCAGGAUGAUUAGGGGACUGGAGGCUAAAACAUACAAAGAACGGUUGCAGGAACUUGGUAUGUCUAGUCUAGUGAAGAGAAGGACCAGGGGAGACAUGAUACCAGUCUUCCAAUAUUUGAGGGGCUGCCAUAGAGAGGAGGGGGGGGUCAAGCUAUUUUCCAAAGCAUCUGAAGGCGAGACAAGGAAUAAUGGAUGGAAACUAGUCAAGGAGAGAUUCAACCUGGAAAUAGGGAGAAAUUUUCUGACAGUGAGAACAAUCAACCCAUGGAACAGAAGUUGCCUUCAGAAGUUGUGGGAGGUUCAUCGCUGGAAGCUUUCAAGAAGAGACUGGAGUGCCAUCUGUCAGAAAUGGUGUAGGGUCUCCUGCUUGGAUGGGGGGGUUGGACUAGAUGACCUACAAGGUCCCUGCCAGCUCUGUUAAAUCUAAUCUGUAAAUUCAAGAAACUGACUUUAUUUGUGUAUUUUUGUAACUUCAUAUGACUUGAGUUCUGUUAUUCAAUAAAAGAAGU